AUGCCAUUAAAUAAAUCAAAGGGUUUCUUCUCUAAACCAUUCAUGAGAUUGACGAUUUACUUGAUUUACUUGAAUAUCGGAAUCAUUCUUGGUCUUUCAUUGAUUGGACUUGUUAUUUACUGCAUCUGUUCGUUUAUUUGCUGCAGGAACAGAAAUGUUCGAAAUGAUGAAGAUCGUCUUAUGCAACACGAUGUCAUGAUGUAUCGAACAGGUCCUGUUAUGCCAAUUUCUCCAUUUUUCUGGCCACAAGGUCCAGUUCAGUUCCCGUUCUUCAACCAAAUGCCAGGUGUUCCUGCUUUCCAAGGAUUUAACUAUCCACAACCUUCGCCGCAGAAUCAGCACAAUCAAAAUCAGCAGGAACAAAAUCCAUUUGGACAAAACAUUCAUUUUGCUGAAGUUCCAAGUGAACAACCAUAA